UGACUACAGGCUGGCCGCAUGCUGUGCGCCUGCUUUGAUGUGCGGGGGCAACGCAGGCGCGUCUAAGAUGGAAGGUGUGGUCCAUUGGGGGCAACACCGACCAACCGAGGCAGGCUGCGACUUUUGUUCGCGCAUGCAGCAUUUCUCCUCCACAGCCAGCACUCGCGCGAAUCACCACUCGCACCAGCACAAUAUCAUAGCCCGGUUGCAGCUUUCGGACGAUGCAAUGAGCGGCACAACUCCUCUCACCGGGCGUCUCGUUCCACUGCGGACGAAGGACGAAGUGCGCGCCAGCUUAGAGACGCACGUCGUCUAUGUGGUCGAAGUGCCCGCGAAGCAUGCCAACGUUGUCAAGGAUGUCGUGCAAGCAGCCGUUCCCGACUUCAAGACGUCUGAGAUCUCGCACCUUCGCCGUGUCGUGCAGUUCAAGUACCUGCCGGCCCAUCUGCAGAAGCAGUUCUAUCCGCCUGCGAGGCUCCCGAGAGGUGAUGAGGAUGAUCCUGCACCAGCAUUAUUAUCUACAUCCCCUGUAUUGUUGCCCUCUCCCCCUUCUCCUCCGUCCACUCUUACGGUCGACGAUGACACUACUGCUGGGGACGUUACUAAAAACAUGGAUUUAGUGCGCUAUUUCCUCCUGUGUCCCACGAAGCAUAUCCAGCAUGCAGACCUGUUCGCUCUCCUGCGAAAAUGCCCUCCCUUCGACAACGGCAAGACCACACCGAGGGUCUUCUUCGUAACCGUCCCAUCGCUGGCACCCAUUUCCGCCGAGCAGUCUGAGCAAUGGAGCGAACAGUACUGGCCCAUCUCGUACAAGAACACCAAUCCGUACGGCCCACAUCCAAGUCUCGUUGCACGCAAUCAGGCGGAGAUUGAAGACCAGUCAGGCAAAUGGCUGACCCUGGCUCGAUCUGCAGGCCAGAGCAUCUCUCAGCAGUGCCUGGGAGAGUCGCUUGGCGUCGUCGUGGUCGAUCAGACCAAGGGUACAUCGGAGGUCAUAGUUGUUGCGGGCGACUGCCGCUGGAGAUCCCCAGCAGGCAAUAUCGAGCAGCACAAAGGCACCGGAAACGUCAUGGCCCACGCUGUCCAGCGUGCUAUCGCCAUGGUCGCGAAGAAGAGGCUCCGAGCUGCGGGUGCUGAUCCAGCAACCCUUGAUCGUUCGCUCUUCUGCGAUAUUCCUCUCACCGACCUUGAGCGAGAACACUUUGUCAAGGACAAUAUCAAUCAGAGCGGCUACCUGUGCGUCGACCUCGACAUCUACCUGACCAAUGAGCCUUGCGUCAUGUGCUCGAUGGCUAUUCUGCACUCAAGGUUUCGACGCUGUAUCUUCGCAAAGCGUAUGCCUCUCACUGGUGGUAUGACAUCUGAUUCGGCUGAAGGUAGCGCGCCUCUAUCGGGUGGAUUGAAGCAUGGCAUGUUCUGGCGACCCAGCGAGCUGAACUGGAAGUUCUUGGCCUGGGAGUACAAGGAAGAUGGGCUGGAGUCACAAACCGACGGCAUUAAGGAUUCGCUGCAUGUCUAGAACGGCAUGAGGAAGGGACACGAACGUAUUGGGUAUGAAGCAUUAUACGGCGCAUUGGAUUACCUGUUGUGUCGAUUACAACCAGGGGACAGCAGGGUUACAAGGCAUGAGAUACCCAGACAUAGAUACACGAAUGAUCGGCAACGAGUAGAAUUUGACGUUCUCG